CCAUCCUGUGGGUUUAGUACUCUCCGUUCUCAUGCACGCCAUUAAAUCUGAGAAGAAGCAAAGCAAACUACGACGGACGAUGCACCAACCCAAGCCGAUGAUGCACGUCGGAUGACGUCCGAGGGGUGACGUACCCAAACGCUUCCUGCCCACGAUUCCAUGUCCUGUUGUAGGACAUCACCGAUUACAUAGGCCACGGCCUCCUCUGACUCCUUCCUCUCGUCUUCUUAAAGCCGCCUGCCCGUUUCCCUCUCAUAGUUUGCGUUUUCAAAUUAUCCUUCUUAUCCUGCCCUUCUGUUGCCUGCUUUCCCUCAACUGGCUAUUAGCACUGGCGGAAAGAAACGAGAGAGAAGAAGAAGAGAUGGAAGCAGCCAUCACUGAUCGCUCUCGAGGAUUCAAUAUUAGUCCCAACGGUGGUGAUUCGGGUAUGGCUGGUUUGGGAGGAUUCAGUCGGCCGCAGUUCAAUUUUAUGGAGCUGCAAUCGUCUGCAAAAGCGCAUCAAAAAGAAAAGGAACUGGAGGCGGAGGUGAGGAGGAUGGGCCAAGAGAACGAGCGGCUGAGCCGAAUGCUCGAGGAGGUCUGCCGGAGCUACAAGGCGCUGCAGGCGCAGGUGGCGUCGUUGGCCGGAAGCGGCGGGAGGGAGGAGGGCGUAUCCUCGCCGAAAAAGAGGAACGUCGAAGAGGACGCGGAGGGGAGCAGCUCCGGCGAGGAGGGGUCGGUGGCCAAGUGCCGGAAGCGGUUGAGGGAAGAACUUUCCUCCGGGUCGGUGGCUACCAAUCUCAUCACGCGGGUCCACGUAAAGACCGACCCCUCUGACAACAGCCUGGUAGUGAAGGAUGGUUACCAGUGGAGGAAGUAUGGGCAGAAGGUGACGAAGGACAACCCCAGCCCUCGUGCCUACUUCAGAUGCGCCUUCGCACCCGGGUGCCCGGUCAAGAAGAAGGUCCAGAGAAGCGCGGAGGAUAAGACCAUCUUGGUGGCAACGUAUGAGGGGCAGCACAACCACGCCCACACGUCAGCCAACGACGCCGCACGGACGAGCUCUGCUGGGUCGCAGGCUGCGCCCGACGACGGUUCUCUCCCUUGCUCCGUCUCCGUCAUCGCCUCCAGGCCUACCGUCACCUUGGAUUUGACUCGGGCCACAACGGAAGGGGGAUCGGCUUCAGCGCUCAGCGGCGGCAGCGAGCUGCAGAAGGCGGUGGCGGAGCACGUGGCCUCGUCGCUGGCGAAGGACCCGAGCUUUACGGCAGCCUUGGCGUCCGCUCUUUCCUCCAAGAUUUUCACUAGGCCUCCUAAUUAGGUUAGAUUUGUAAGUGAAAACAGGGCCAUAUGCUGGCGCCCUUUUGUGUGGAAGCUGCAACACCGGUGCAAAUGUUUCAUUAACACUGUCAUGUAAGCAGCAAAUGAUUGUAAAAUAUUUUUCCGCUUCUCCAAAGAAUUUUCCACUUCAUCAUCUCC